GCGGCGGUUCAUCAUUAGCACUUGGAUCAAGAAACGACCGUGGAUCACUGAUACACACCCGCUCUCGGCAGAUACUUUGCCACAAAGGAAGAAGCCGAGCGAGCCUUCUCCAUCUUUGACCAGGACCAAAACGGAGACAUUACGAAGAAAGAAAUGAAGGAGUCGGUCAUACAAAUCUACCGGGAGCGACGUGUGCUUUUCAACUCACUGCGAGAUCUGUCGCAGUCCGUCGGGGCCCUGAACAGAAUCUUGCUGGUUUUCUGCUUUAUUGUGACAUCGGUCAUUGCAUUGGCGAUCUUUGGCAUAUCGCUCUCGGGGAUUGUCCCGUACGCCGGGCUCCUUGGAAGUCUGAGUUUCAUAUUCGGACCCUCAGCCAACAUCACCUUCCAAGGAGCACUGUUCACCUUUGUAAUGCAUACCUUUGACGUUGGUGAUCUGGUGUGCAUUGAUGGAACAACGUACAAGGUACUCAAGGUCAAGCUUCUGAUGACCAAGUUUAUCAACAUGGACGGACAGCUGCUGUAUAUUCCCAACUCAAUCUUGAUAGGAAAACCGAUCAUCAACUACCGCCGAUCUCCGGACCAGUGGGAAGGAAUAACGUUUCAAGUUGACUUCAACACCAGUGAAACCCAGCUUCGAGAGCUUGCCAGGAGGAUCGAGGAGUUCACAAAAUCCAAGCCGCGUGAAUGGAUGCCCGGCUGCAGCGUCAGUGUCAUCAGCAUCAAUGAUAUGACCGGCAUGACCGUCUGUUUGGGUAUGACCCACAAAGGAAACUGGCAAGAUUGUGGCCGUCGAUGGACACGCCGGACGGAGAUCUACUUUGAAGUUCAACGGACGCUUCAGGAUAUGAAGAUCAAAUACACUCUGCCGGCCCGGCCGAUACUUCUGAAUGGCACACUCGGCAAUUUCUCGCCUGAGAAGCUAGGCGACCGCAAGUCCUCUGAGGGAGAUCCCAUCUUUCAAUCGUCGAUAUAGCCACAGCCAUGAUUUACAUAACGGGGAUAAUAUCGAUGUUUGAAAGAUGAGCUUGAAUAUACUGCAACAUGCUGCCCAG